UAAAACAGCCACCUUUUCCCACGAGUCGGAGGCCGAGGUGGGGGAGUUCUGGAAGUUUUUACUGACCUGGAGGAUCAUCAUGCCCAGAGGUCAUGACAUAAAAAAGUCUCUUACACCUCAGAUUUCUUGUUUGACAAGUGAAUCUUAUAAACAGCUGGAUUUUUUGCCUGACAAACUAAGAGCAAAGCUGCUUCCCUUCCAGAAAGAUGGCAUCACUUUUGCCUUGAGAAGAGACGGCAGGUGUAUGGUGGCUGAUGAAAUGGGUCUAGGAAAGACAAUUCAGGCAAUUGGCAUCGCUUACUUCUAUAAGGAGGAAUGGCCUCUUUUAAUAGUGGUCCCUUCAUCUCUGAGGUACCCUUGGACAGAAGAAAUAGAGAAAUGGAUCCCAGAGCUGGGUCCAGAAGAAAUCAAUGUUAUCCAGAAUAAAACUGAUGUUGGGAGAAUAUCGACCAGCAAAGUGACAGUUCUGGGUUAUGGUCUUUUAACCACAGAUGCAGAGACUUUGAUAGAUGCGCUGAAUAAUCAGAACUUCAAAGUAGUUAUUGUAGAUGAAUCACACUACAUGAAGUCCAGAAAUGCAACUCGCAGCAGGAUUUUAUUGCCAGUAGUACAGAAAGCCAAACGAGCCAUUCUUCUUACAGGAACUCCAGCACUGGGAAGACCUGAAGAGCUUUUUAUGCAGAUUGAAGCUCUCUUUCCACAAAAAUUUGGAACAUGGACUGACUAUGCCAAAAGAUACUGUAAUGCACAUGUCAGAUAUUUUGGUAAAAGACCUCAGUGGGAUUGCAGAGGGGCAUCAAAUCUUAAUGAACUUCAUCAGCUAUUAAGUGACAUAAUGAUUAGAAGAUUAAAGGCUGAAGUUUUAACCCAGCUGCCCCCUAAAAUCAGACAGCGUAUUCCAUUUGAUCUUCCAUCAGCAGCAGCCAAGGAAUUAAAUUCCAGCUUUGAAGAGUGGGAAAAAUUAAUGAGAGCUCCAAAUUCAGGUGCCACCAAGACUGUCAUGGGGUUGAUUACUCGCAUGUUUAAACAAACUGCUAUUGCCAAGGCAGGUGCUGUAAAGGAUUAUAUUAAGAUGAUGCUUCAGAAUGAUUCACUUAAAUUUCUGGUUUUUGCACAUCAUUUAAGCAUGCUCCAAGCUUGCACAGAAGCCGUCAUAGAAAACAAGACUCGUUACAUUAGGAUUGAUGGAAGUGUUCCAUCUUCAGAAAGAAUACAUCUGGUUAAUCAGUUUCAAAAGGAUCCUGAGACUCGUGUGGCUAUCCUAAGCAUUCAGGCUGCUGGUCAGGGUUUGACAUUUACUGCUGCAACUCAUGUUGUAUUUGCUGAGUUGUAUUGGGACCCUGGACACGUAAAACAAGCAGAAGACCGUGCUCACCGGAUUGGACAGUGCAGUUCUGUGAAUAUUCACUACCUUAUUGCAAAUGGGACUCUAGACACCCUUAUGUGGGGAAUGUUGAAUCGCAAGGCUCAGGUUACAGGGAGCACACUGAAUGGUAGGAAGGAAAAACUUCAGGCUGAGGAGGAUGAUAAGGAAAAAUGGGAUUUCCUGCAGUUUGCUGAAGCUUGGACUCCAAAUGAAAAGUCUGAAGAGCUCAGGAAUGAAAUGUUGUUCACUCAUUUUGAAAAAGAAAAACAGCGUGAUAUUCGAUCAUUCUUUUUACCAAACCCUAAGAAGAGACAGUUGGUGACCUCCUGUGAUGAAUCAAGGGUAUUCCAGGAGAAAAAUACUGUAGUACCAGCAGACCCUGGAAAAACAGCUACAAGAGAUUAUGAAAGUGAUCUUGAACCUGAAGCUAAAAAAAUGAAAUCGGUCACCACCGAUGACCACUGCAGUCCCCUGGAGGAGAAACCAUCCCAGCCUGGGCAGACCAAAGCUCCACUCAUGGACAGGGUCUGUGAGGCCAAGGCCCAGGCCACCACUCCACCCCUUCCUGGUGGGGGCUGGCAGUGUGCUCUCUGCACCUAUAUUAAUAACGCAGUGUUACCUUGCUGUGAAAUGUGUGAGAAUCCUCAGGGCAGUGCUGAUAGCCUCCACCACACCCAGUAUAAAAACAGAAACGAGAAAGAUGAUUCUCGGAAAGACACCUCCGAAAAAAUAUGGACUAGUUCUGACGGGGAAAAACAAGUCCUUGCACAUUCAGCACCUGAACCGUUAGCUGACAGCCAGGAAGAAGUUUCAAAAACUGAGAGUGAGGACAGACUCACACCCCAGCCAGGUGAUGAACAGUUGAAGAGUUCGGACACUUCGCCAGUGUGUGAUACCUUAAUGUUUUGUGCGAGUAAGAACACUGACCGGAUUCACGUCUAUACUAAGGAUGGAAACCAGAUGAACUGUAAUUUCAUUCCUUUGGAUAUAAAAUUAGACCUUUGGGAAGAUUUACCAGCAAGCUUUCAGCUGAAACAAAAUCGCUCCCUGAUUUUGAGGUUUGUUCGAGAAUGGAGUAGUCUAACUGCUAUGAAGCAAAGGAUAAUCAGGAAAAGUGGGCAGCUGUUCUGCAGCCCAAUUCUUGCUCUGGAAGAGAUCACAAAGCAGCACACCAAACAAAACAGUACCAAAAGAUACAUAACCAAAGAAGAUGUUGCUGUAGCCUCAAUGGACAAGGUGAAGAAUGAUGGGGGCCAUGUCCGUCUGAUCACAAAGGGGUCCAGGCCAGGGGGCCCUUCUACAAAAGAAUUUUUUGAAGAUGGAGCUUGUGUCCCAUUUCUAAAUCCUGGCACAGCCCGAGCUGAUCUCACUCUGAAACCUUCUACAUCCAAAGGCUAUUUGCAAGCUGUGGAUAAUGAAGGAAAUCCACUUUGCCUUCGCUGUCAGCAACCCACUUGCCAAAGUAAGCAAGAGCGUAAAGCAAAUGCUUGGGAUUCACGGUUUUGCUCUCUGAAAUGUCAGGAGGAGUUUUGGAUUCGAUCUAAUAACAGUUACCUGCGAGCCAAAGUAUUUGAAAUUGAACAUGGCAUGUGUCAGCUAUGUAAUCUGAAUGCACAAGAACUCUUUUUACGUCUGAGAGAUGCCCCUAAAAGUCAGAGGAAGAAUCUUCUGGAUAUUACCUGGACCUCAAAGCUCCCAUUAGAACAGCUUAAUGAAAUGAUAAGAAACCCAGGGGAAGGGCAUUUCUGGCAGGUGGACCACAUCAAGCCAGUGUCUGGUGGAGGAGGACAGUGCUCUCUGGACAACCUGCAGACCCUCUGCACAAUCUGUCACAAAGAGAGAACUGCGAGACAAGCCAAGGAAAGAAGUCAGGUGAGAAGACAAUCUCUAGCAUCAAAGCAUGGAUCAGACAUCACACGAUAUUUAGUAAAGAAAUGAAGUAUAAACAUUUUUGAAUAGAAGAUGUAUGGUUCGUAUGUGGAGAAUUCAACGUAAAUUAUUUUUCAUGUUAGUGUAAUUUUUUUUAAUAUAAUUUUAUUGACUGCGUUGGAUCUUUGUUAAUGCAAGCAGGCUUUCUCUAGUUGUGGCGAGCGGGGGCUACUCUUCGUUGCAGUGCGCAGGCUUCUCAUUGUAGUGGCUUCUCUUGCUGCGGAGCACGGGCUCUAGGCACACGGGCUUCUGUAGUUGUGGCUCACAGGCUCAGUAGUUGUGGCUUGCAGGCUCUAGAGCACAGGCUCAGUAGUUGUGCACGGGUUUAGUUGCUCCAUGGCAUGUGGGAUCUUCCCGGACCAGGGCUCGAACCUGUGUCCCCUGCAUUGGCAGGCAGAUUCUUAACCACUGCACUACCAAGGAAGCCCUAGUGUAAUAUUUUAAGAAUGAAAAUUUUCAGAACAAAAAUCAAUACUUCCACUUCCCUUUUCAUCUUUAAAGCUUUUUGUGUUCAAUAGCUUUUGAACGUUCUUAACAGAAAAUGAGAUACAAUACUAAAUAUUUCUAUGAUCUUCUUGAUUUCGUGCACACUCUCAAUUAUGUUUCGGUAAGGUUUUGUUAAGCUUUCCAUUCCUUUGACUGUACCUUAAUCAAUCACAGUAUUAUGCAUAGAUUGUUUUUGAAAAAUAUACUCUCAAUUAGUUGAAAAAUGCUGCUGGAUUAGUAUUGGUUCUGGACUGCUGUGUGUCUAAAUUGUAAAACCAUAAGGGAAAUUUUGGAAGCAAAUCAUCAUCAUUUAGGACUUCUGGGCCAAUUGUGACCUGCCUGCUUAGUAUGCAAGAGAGACUCUUGUUCACUAAAUGCCUCCAAAAUGGGAUUGGGGUACACAUUUUGAAUGUUGUCUUCUUUGUUUUAUUUCUUAGCCAAUUGUCUAUUGAAAAGGUGCUUUUGAAAAUAAGCUAAUUGGACCCAUGGUGUUUGUGGACAAAUCCAGGGGUUCUGGCUAAAGUAACUGUUAAAAAUGUUUAAAAACUGAAAACAUAAAAUGCCACUUAAACUUCAUAUUUUAGUUAGUUUGUUUUAAUGCAUAAAUCUAGGCAUACUGUCAAAGCACCCUUUGUCUCCUGGUUACCAUUUUUUGUUCUUAAAAUCCUGUUUUAUUAAAAGUGUAUUCCUGGAACCUCUUUUAAAGGGAAUGAUGAUGAUAAAACACUUUAUACUGAAACAUGAUCAGAUGGAGAUAUAUGUUAAAAAAAAGUGCAAGGGUAAUAUUAAAAUGUGAUUGAUUGAUAUUCAAAAAUAAAAGAGUGAUGGUAAAAGAAAACCAAGGCAUAAUCCUGCAGUAUGUCAGAAUCAUGAGAGCAAACAGUCAGAACUCCACAAAAUACAGGGCCAAGGAAUAACUACAUUCACAAAAGGCCUGUUUGUAAAUACUGGUUAGAUGUAAACCACAUUAGUUUGAGCACUCUUUAGUUUUAAUUAGUAGCUAGUAUUUUACAACAUAGAGGACUUUUAUUUUUAUAAAUAUUAUACAAUCAUGAACCUUACGGAGUUUUUAUUAAGUUUACAAUAUUUCAUUGUAUGAGAUCAAAUAGUAUUGUUCAUUUUAUAAAUUAGUUGGUCUUUCUUUGGCCUCCUUUCUGCUUUGCUGGUCAGGCUUUUUGCAGUUUUCUGCCUCAUUGCCAGGGUAACCUAGGAUUCCUCACAGCUGAGAGCUGAGAAGCCAGCACACUGCUUUUCCUCCAGCAUGAGGUGUCUGCGAGUGAGACUUUGGUCUAAGUAGGUCAGAUUUGAGUGGAGCUUGCUCUUUAGAUCAAACUAAAGUGGUAAUUCUAGGGAGAAAAUUCUUAGAUGUAGGAACUGUAUGAUGGUUUAAGAAGGAAUGACUCAUGAAGAUGGUUUCUCUCUUUGCCAGAUUUCAAAAUUCCAAUCAGUUAAAAAUGCUAUAAGAGCAUCAAAAAAAUUAAAGUAGUUAGUUAGGAAUAUAUUUAACCAAGAAGGUGAAAGAUUUUGUACACUGAAACUGCAAGUCUUUAGAGAAAGAAAUUGAAGAAGACACAAACAAAUGGAAAAAAUUCCAUGUUCAUGGAUCAGACAAAUAAAUAUUGUUAAAAUAUCCACACCACCUGAAGUAAUCUACAGAUUCAAUGCAAUCCCUAUCAAAAUUCCAAUGGCGUUUUCAAGUAGAAAAAAAUCGUAAAAUUUGUAUGGAACCAUAAAUGAUCGCAAAUAGCCAAAUCAAUCUUAAGAAGAACAAAGGUGGAGGUAUCAUUCUUCUGCCCAUUUUUUUGAUUGGGUUGUUUUUUAGAUAUUGAGCUGCAUAAGCUGUUUGUAUAUUUUGGAGAUUAAUCCCUUGUUGGUUGUUUCAUUUGCAAAUAUUUUCUCCCAUUCUGAGGGUUGUCUUGUCUUUUUAUUUAUGGUUUCCUUUGCUUUGCAAAAGAUUUUAAGUUUAAUUAGGUCCUAUUUGUUUAUUUUUAUUACUCUAGAAAGUGGAUCAAAAAAGAUAUUGCUGCGAUUUAUGUAAAAAAGUGGUCUGCCUCUGUUUUCCUCUAAGAGUUUUAUAGUGUCCGGCCUUACAUUUAGGUCUUUGAUACAUUUUGAGUUUAUUUUUGUGUGUGGUGUUAGAGAAUGUUCUAAUUUCAUUCUUUUACAUGUUGCUGUCCAGUUUUCCCAGCACCACUUAUUGUAAAGACUGUCUUUUCUCCAUUGUAUAUUCUUGUCUUGUUUGUCAUGGAUUAAUUGACCAUAGGUGCGUGGGUUUUUUUUUUAAUUUUAUUGAAUUAUAGUUGAUUUACAAUUUUGUGUUAGUUUCAGAUAUACAGCAAAGGGGAUUCAGUUUUACAUAUAUGUAUAUUCAUUCUUUUUCAGAUUCUUUGCUUAUAUAGGUUAUCACAGAAUAUUGAGUAGAAUUCCCUGUGCCAUAUACUAGGUCCUUGUUGGUUAUCUAUCUUAUGUAGAGUAAGUAGUGUGUGUAUGUUAAUCCUAAGCUCCUGAUUUAUCCCUCCCCACCACGUUUCCCCUUUGGUAACCAUAAAUUUGUUUUCAAUAUCUGUAAGUCUGUUUUGUAAAUAAGUUCAUUUGUAUCAUUUUUUAAAUUAGAUUCCACGUAUGAGUGAUUUUAUAUGAUAUUUGUCUUUCUCUGUCUGACUUACUUCAUUUAGUAUGAUAAUCUCUAGGUCCAUCCAUGUUGUUGCAAAUGGCAUUAUUUUGUUCCCUUUUGUGGCUGAGUAAUAUUCCAUUGUAUAAAUGUACCACAUCUUCUUUAUCCAUGUCUCUGUCAGUGGACAUUUAGUUUGUUUCCAUGUCUUGGCUGUUGGAAAUAGUGCUGCAAUAAACAUUGGGGUGCAUGUAUCUUUUCUAAUUAUGGUUUUCUCCAGAUAUAUGCCCAGUAGUGGGAUUGCUAGGUCAUAUGGUAAUUCUAUUUUUAGUUUUUUAAGGAACCUCCAUACUGUUCUCCAUAGUGGCUGCACCAAUUUACAUUCCCACCAACAGUGCAAGAGGGUUUCCUUUUCUCCACACCCUCUCCAGCAUUUAUUGUUUGUAAACUUUUGAUGAUAGCCAUUCUGACUGGUGUGAAGUGAUACCUCAUUGUAGUUUUGAUUUGCAUUUCACUAAUGAUUAGUGAUGUUGAGCAUCCUUUCAUGUGUUUGUUGGCAAUCUGUAUAUCUUCUUUGGAGAAAUGUGUAUUUGGGUCUUCUGCCCAUUUUGGGAUUGGGUUGUGUUUUUUUUGGUUUUUGUUUUUGGUAUUGAGCUAUUUGAGCUGUUUGUAUAUUUUGGAGAUUAAUCCCUUUGUAGUUUGCUUUGUUUGCAAAUAUUUUCUCCCAUUCUGUGGGUUGUCUUUUCGUUUUCUUUAUGGUUUCCUUUGCUGUGCAAAAGCUUUUAAGUUUAAUUAAGUCCCAUUUUUUUAUUUUUGUUUUAAUUUCUGUUACUCUAGGA